AUGUCACUUGCUGUUGAAACGGUGGCGCCCACCUUCAACGCGCUCAACAAGCCCCAGAAACGCGCGCUCAUUCUUCGCGACCAACUUCGCUAUGUCGAACCGACGCAUCUGAACGAAUUCAUCGAGGGCCUCAGCAACGACGAGCCACCCACAUACACCAGAGUGAAUGUUGUGGUCAAGCCUGAUCUCGUCUUUGUUACCCUCAAAGAAGAGGCCACUCGUUUCGAUCUCGGAAAUGUCAUCCUACCGGAAGAAAAGAACUCCAUACACCGUGUCUACCUGGUGGUUGAGGAUAGCCAAAUACAGAUGCACGUUGAAGAUCCAUUACCCCUGAAUGAGAAUGAACUCGAUUCUCAUCCCAUCCAUGGUUUCAUUGCUCGUGGUAUGGUACCUUUGUUCAAAGAGAAGUAUCAGGUUCUCUAUAUGAGGGUGAACAAGAUCAACGAGGCGAGGCGGGCUGCUCACAACAUGCCGUAUCAGGCGCCGGUACUGUUCGAUGACGGAGAGAGUCUUACUAGGCUUAAUCCGAUGAAGGCUGAGAACGACCGCGCUCUUAUUCAUGCGAGGAAGUCACGAAAGCGACAUCCGAACGACGAGAUCAUUCCCCAUGUCUCCAACAAGCGCAAGCGCGCAGGUCUCGACAUAAUCCCGGAGGAUGUGAAAAGUAACAUCUUCAACACCAUUCCAAGCAACAUCAAGGUCGACCUCUUCAAUGCCGUCGUCAAGACUGCGUUUCCCAACUUCAACAACCUCAUGAUUGCGUCUUGGAACGUGGUCACUAUCUACUCUUCUUGUGGUAGCGACUUCCCAGAAUUGCACACAGCCAUUGUUGAUCUGAAGAGUGUCCUCCAGGAUUUCGAUGAGACUUUUGGUCAACGCGUCGAUCGCACUACGCCUAGUUACAGGCACGACUUUGGAGGGCAUUCGAGGGAUCGUGAAGAUGGAAAUGGUGACCAAGACCGCGAUUCUACCCACGAUCGAAGCCGUCGUCCGGAUCACCAAGACAAACACGGUCAUCGCGAUGGAAACAACUUCAGGACUCCUGUUCCCUCCUUUGUACGAAACGGGGCAUGGAACGCUGACCAGCUCGGCGAUGCCACUGCCAAUGAUUCGGCCCACUUCGAAGAUGGCAUGGAAGUCUCUGUGGACGACGUCGAAAAUAUUGACGCUGUGGCAGAACCUGAGAUGUCAUUAUCACGUGCGCUCCAGUCGUCUCAACCCCACGGAGAUUCAGACGAAGAUGAUGAUGAUGAUGACGACGACGACGAAGUCCCUCCUGUGGAUUCCCGCUCGACUCGUCGACUUGCAAACCAGAGCGUGGUUCGCCAGUCCCACACAAAGCGCACGCCAGAAACCCAUGAUAGAGGAAGCGUUACUACGUCGGCAAAGUCAUCACCAGGCCCGCAGUACAUUCAUGUUACUAGCGAAGGCAGCGGAGAGCCUCAAGAGCAGUUCGCCGACGAGGCGGAUGCUGAGGAUGGUGCUCUUGUCAUAUCUCAGACAGCAAGUUCAGAACUGGCGCGUCGUCGUGAGGAGUACGUGUCCUCGGUUCAAAAGAAGUCCCAGAACGAAGCCCCCAAUACUCAACCCCGUGCGGCAUCUAGCCCCCGGAAUGCAGCUAUUCCCAAGCAACCGCUUGUAGACAAGACCGACUCCCACUCCGAGAACGACCAGCCUGUACCACAGCUCGACGAUAGUCCCCCAGCAAUCCUGACUUCAGGUUCUCCACCUCCGCCCAAGAAGAGAAAGAAGGAACGCGAAGCCGAGUACAAUCUCGCCCAACUAGAAAAGAAGUACCAGGAACGCAAGGCCCAUGUCCUCUUCUCUUUCCAGAACGACAUGGACAAGGUGCCAGAGAAGGCCCGCAAGAACCUCCGAGAGAUGGAAGCCCUGAUCGAGCAGCGCAAGGAGUAUGAGGCAGAGAUGCAAGUUGACAAAAGCAACAGUAAACCGGGACAGACUGCGCGCCCAGGUACCACUACCGGUGGUAUGUUCGGCAGCUACAACACCAAGUUCCUCGGCAAGUCUAUGCUGGGCCCCCAAAAACUGAUAGGCGUCGUGCCGGUGGCUCAGAUGUUCCCCAACGGCACCAGGAAGGAUCCGAGAGAUAGUCUUGCAAAAGGUCCGCAUGGCAGUACUCCUCCGUACGGCCGCGGUCGUUAA